AUGAGUACAAGCUUAUUCCUUGAAACACUUCGAAGGAACGAUCUCGAAAUGUAUUAUGGAAGAGACUUCUUUAAUGCUAAUCUUCGCAUCGCGUUUAUUCACUGCUCGGAUAAUCCGAUCGCCCUCAGUUUAUCAGCAGCAGGAAUCCACGAUUUACAGAGCCUAGCACGACUUCCUCUAACAGAUUAUACACUUGUUGGCGUCAACGCAGUAGAUGACCGGAAACGUCUAUUUAAUCUUGCCCAACAAAUAAAAGCUGACUUACUCAAUGAAUCACCUACAAAUUCAUACAGCAAUAAUUCAUCUAAUGCCGCUCGACAGGACUUUCAAUUUCCCGCACGAACUUACGGUACAUCGGUUCCGACGUCUGUGGAGCAACCAUCUCAAGACAGCUCUAGCAGUGGCUCCAUUCCUGGUCGGCGCUUCUCACCAUCAUCUAUCGGUCGGGGUCGUACCACGCUUGCUACUCGCACACGAAUACCAUCACCUUUCAUAAAUGCUAGCCGAUCACAGCAACAAGCGCAAUUAUCUCAGCAUCAACAAUUAUUAGAAGCUCAGUUGGCGGCCGAAGAAGAAGAGGACGAAUCGGUGCAGAUAAAGGCCGGGCAGGCACCCCGGUUGAAUGCUUAUGGUGUGCCAAGUAGGCAUCCAUCAAGGAGUAACUCGUACUCUGUUCCGAAAUAUGCUAACGCACCCAGUAAUUUGAAUGACAAAAUAAGAGUUUGCGUCCGAAAAAGGCCUUUAAAUAAAAAGGAAUUAGCCAGAAAUGAAAAGGAUAUAGCGAUUAUAUCUGGUGGUAGAACUCUACAAGUCUAUGAACCAAAAACGAAGGUCGACUUGACUAAAUAUGUCGAACAGCACACGUUCGUAUUCGACGAUGUAUUCGAAGUAGAUGCUGAUAACGAUGAAGAAUUGACGUUCGACUUUUCCCCUACGGCCUAUAUAGGAAGUGGCAAGACUUAUACUAUGCUUGACGAGAAGAAGGGACUAUAUGUGCUGGCUGCCCAAGAUAUAUUCAAUUGCCUUCAGAGGCCAGAGUAUAAUCAUUUGGUAGCAUGGAUAGGCUUUUAUGAAAUAUACCAAGGACAUCUGUAUGAUCUCUUGAAUAAGAGAAAAAAGCUUUAUGCUCGUGAAGAUGGGAAGAAGAAUGUAGUGAUAGUUGGAUUACAAGAGUAUCCUAUUGACACUGUCGAGAACUUAAUGGCAGUCUUCGAUUAUGGAAAUACUGUUCGUAGUACUGGAAGUACGGGUGCCAAUGAGGAUUCUUCGCGUUCUCACGCUAUCUUACAAAUAGUAUUGAAACAUAGGAAGAAUAGAAAGAAGUUUCAUGGUAAACUUAGUUUUAUAGAUUUGGCUGGCAGUGAACGUGGUGCGGACAGAGGUGAAGCUGAUCAAAAAACGAGAAUGGAGGGGGCCGAAAUCAAUAAGAGUUUAUUGGCGCUGAAAGAAUGCAUCCGAGCAUUAGACCAAGACAAGAGACACACUCCUUUCCGUCAGAGCAAGCUCACCCAGGUUCUUAAAGACUCGUUUGUUGGCAAUUCACGGACUUGCAUGAUUGCAACAGUAUCCCCAAACAUUUCAAACAGUGAACAUACGCUUAAUACUCUGAGAUAUGCAGACAGAGUGAAGGAGCUCAAAUCUGAGAGAGAUCGUGCGGAACGUGCUGCCGCUGGACUUGACGAAUUCGCAGGCGAUUCCUAUACCGAAGGUUACUUGCAAAAUGAAGAAAAUCGUCCUGAAUACAACAGCAGCGAAGAGCAGUUGGCAGAAAACGGCUUUGGUAGCGAUGAGGACGAUGAUCUCCUCGGACAAGAAAUGCCAGCGGAUGGGCUUGUGGAUGAAGAUUUUCCUCAAUACGUCAGUAACCUGGAAAUAGAUUCAUUUGAACAUGAACAAGAGUCGCUAGAGAAGAUGAUGCCAGAUCUUUCUCUGAACGAAGGGCAUAAUUAUUCCAGAAAUAGCAUACAUGCUUCGCAUGGCAGAUCAUUGUCAAUGUAUUCAAGCUCCCCAGACGUUCGACAGUCAGAUGUAUACUCAACACACUUAAAUAAUAACCAUUCAUCAGUAGAAAUUUACAGCCCAACGGAAAUUGACGACUUUGUCAAACGCCAUAGACAUCAACUACGAGAAAUCAGUGAAUACAGCCGCAAAGAAACUCAACUUUUAGCUGACUUCACCCUAAGUUUCAAUGCCAACAAGGACAUGGGAGCAACAGCUGCUGAAUCAGUUAAACCCUUUGAAGACUAUAUGGAAAAGUUAGAUAAUUAUCUUGAAAAUAAGGCUGAAAUUGUUCAGGAGCUCAGACGUACAAUCAGUCAGUUGCUGAGACGAUGA